AUGGGGUUGAAAUUCUCAAAGAAGGGGCCACAAAGGGAUGGACAUUUGAGUUUUGACUUUGCCCAACAUCAAUUCAUCAAUUAUCUCUCAGCAAAUCUCUUUAUACGUAACCUUGUGUCGAAGAAAAGACGGCGAAUGCUGGUUGCUGGCUAUGAUCUUGAUAUGACUUAUAUCACUGAUCGAAUAUUGGCCAUGUCAUUUCCUGCAGAACGCAUGCGCGCCAUGUAUCGCAAUCCUCUAUGGCAGGUUAAGUCUGUACUGGAAAUGAGACAUCCUGGUCAUUAUAAGGUCUAUAAUCUAUGCAUAGAAGAAUCUUAUGAUGCAAUGCAUUUUCAUGGUCGUUUGGAGAGAUAUCCGUUCGAUGAUAAUCAUGUCCCACCACUUUCGAUGAUCAAAGAAUUUUGUGAAGAUGUCCACUCAUGGCUAUCAAGUGAUCCAAAGAACAUUGCUGUUGUUCACUGCAUGGCAGGAAAAGGCCGAACUGGUUUAAUGGUAUCUUCCUACCUAGCUUAUUUGGGCAUGUCAGCAGAGGAAGCAAUGCAAGUGUAUGCAGAAAAAAGAACCACCAAUAAUGAAGGAGUAUCAAUAGCAAGCCAGCGUCGUUAUGUUGGAUACUGGCAGAAAGCACUCUCUUUCCCACAGGGAGUUAAUUGUAGCCAUCCAGACGUAUACUUGCCUAAACCGUGUCUCAGAGAACUCCUGAGAAUCCGACUAUAUGAUACCGUCAACAUUGAUCAGAUCUUCUUCGUGGUCUCAGAGUUGCAAGACAUUCCAGGCCAGCGGUAUCGCCCCCCGGCAGAAGUCUCGAAGAGUUGUUGCAGACAUGUGGAAAAAGAUUGUCAAAAAUCUAAUAGCCCUUGUUAUUAUUACUCAUAUGUGGAUAGAGAUGAAGGAGAGGAUAACACGUCACAUCGUUUGGUGGUCCAAAUGGACACUGAAAGUUCCAUGAUCUACCAGAAAAAUUGUCUUGGCUAUUCUUAUGAGAAACCAGUUCAAGUUACUGGAGACGUGCGCAUCAUUUUUUAUGAGAAAAUGAUUGGAGGGCGUAUCUUCUAUGCAUGCUUCAAUACAGCUUUCAUUACAAAUAGCCUGCUGCAGGUACUUGCUUUCGUUUGUAGUGAAAAUGGUUAUGAAAGUAUUCGAAUGGCAGUGACCUCAAAUUUAUCAGAAACUAGGCUUAAUCUGGAUUUUUUUGCCAUAACCUUUCAGUUCUCCAUCAGAGAUAUGGACAAAGUUGGGAAAAGGGGCAGGUCAAUCUGUGGCCCUUCAUUCAGCUUGGAGUUGUUUUUUGGUCCAGCAAACGCUAAAUCCACGCUCACAGAUACAUCAAAUGAUGAUAACGUUUGCGACGUAUAG